AUGCACAUCCCAGAAAGUCUCCAGGACCUGGCCGACAGCGAGGCCGUGCAUUUCCUCAAGAGGCCAAAGACCACAGGGCGGAUCCUGGCAGGGGUCUUCUCGCUGGUGGUCUUCUCCUCACUGCUCACCGACGGCUACCAGAACAAGACGGACUCCCCGAAGCUCUACUGUGUCCUCAACAGCAACACCCUGGCCUGUAACUUCGCCGUGGGCGCCGGCCUGCUGGCCUUCCUCUGCUGCCUGGCCUUCCUCGUGCUCGACGCCCACGAGGGCCGCAUCGCCAGCUCCCGCUUCAAGACCGCCUUCCAGCUCCUCGACUUCAUCCUGGCGGCCCUCUGGGCCUGCGUCUGGUUCGUGGGCUUCUGCUUCCUGGCCAACCAGUGGCAGCACUCGCGGCCCCAGGACUUUCUGCUGGGCAGCAGCAGCGCCAAGGCCACCAUCACCUGCACCUUCUUCUCCGUGUUUGUCUGGAUGUUCCAGGCCUACUUGGCCUUCCAGGAUCUCCGAGAGGACAACCCCGUCCCCUACAAGCGCUCCCUGGACGAGGGGGCCGUGGUGCUGACCACCCUCUCCCCGCCUUCAGCCGCCAGCCCAGCUGCUUCCUCUGCCCUCAGCCCCAACUACACCAGCUCUGCCCUGUCCCCCUACCUGAGCACGCCAAAGGCCCCCCGCCUCGCCAUGAUGCCCGACAACUGA